AAACCGCCAAUAGGCAAAAGCCGGCGAAGGAGAAAAAAAUUAGAAGAAGAAGAAAAAUAGAGGAAGAAGACGUAACAAUAACGAUGAAAGAAGACUCAACCUUAAAGUUUGCAAAUGGAGAAAACAUUCUGUCAGUGGAAGAAACAAUGUCUGAACAAAGUGGACUUGAGUAAGAAAGGCGUUGUGGAUGAAGAUGUUGUUCACGUCGUGUCACUGCUCAAUGGCUGCCAGCAGUACUUCACCACCAGCUCCUGCUCAGGACGAAUUACAAUAAUGGACAGGGCUCCAGACAGUCUUGUUGUCCAGAAGAAGAACCUUGUCUGGCUCUUGGUCGCGCACACAACAUGCACAUCGGAUGAAGUGAUGUCUGCGCUGACCCGCUCUUGUGGAAAUGCGGUGCUCAAGUUUGAGCCAUUUGUCAUGCAUGUUCAGUGUCGCAGCCUGGAGGAUGCACAACUGCUGCUCUCAGCUGCUCUCCAGUCGGGCUUCAAAAACUCUGGUCUGACUGCAAGCAAGACCGGGAAGAUCAUCACGGCAGUCCGCUGUACCCACGGCCUGGAGGUUCCUCUCAGUGACCGAGGCAGGCUGCUGGUUUCCCAGGAAUAUAUUCAUUUCCUCACCCAGACGGCCAAUCAAAAGAUGGAGGACAAUUUAAAACGGAUUGAAAGGUUUUAUCAAACCGUCCGGACUACUUUGACAACUAAGGAGCAACAGGAAGUCCCGCAGGAUUCCGCCGCACUUUCACCCCCUUUCACGGGUAUGGACAGGCGGGGACGAGACACAGACGACAAGCUGGAGAAGUUAAGAAAUCAAGCGUGUGAACAAUGAUUUUUUUGUUUUUUAAAAUGGAACUGCUCUUUGGAAUUGUGCCUGUCAUUCACAACCCUUCUGUAACAUACUGGUAUUAGUGCUUUUUGUGCAUUUUAAAAUCGUAAAAAACUGCGAGCAAGAGGAAUGAAGGUAACGGGGAUACAAUUUAAUUUGUGUAUAAAAUAAAUUUUUUCUUACACGCUGCGAGUACGGAUAUAUGUUGUAAUUCAACAUGCACAUUCAUAACAUGUCAUGUUGACGUAUUUUGCUUUUCAAGCAAUUUUUGGCCGAAAUUAUUUUACCGGGCGCAUAGGUCAAAUUAAUCAUGGCUACUUGAGAAAAAGACAAUUUUGGGACAAAUGAUUACAAACCUUACAUUUUUGAGCCUGAAUAUAAGGAGGGUACAUUUUAGAAUCAGUGAGCUAAGCAGAUCCGGCUUUAGUAAAACACUAAGUUUCAUAGUGCAAUAUUGCUUUGUUGGGUCUGCUCCUGUAUCUGGCCAUGCUCCCUCCACCCCAGCAGACAACGGCGUGGAACACCGCAGAGACCACCACAGUCUAUAUCAUGGGUGUCAAACUCUGGCCCGUGGGCCAAAUUUGGCCCUUGAGGCAAUAUCAAAUUAACAUUAGAGCUGGCCCGCCGGUAUUAUACAGCGACAGUAAUACUCAUACUUGCUAACCCUCCCGAUUUUCCGGGAGACUCCCGAAUUUCACUGUCCCUCCCGAAAAACUCCCGGGGCAACCAUUCUCCCGAUUUCCACCCGGACAACAAUAUUGGGGGCGUGCCUUGAAGGCACUGCCUUUAGCGUCCUCUACAACCUGUCGUCAUGUCGGCUUUUCCUCCAUACAAACAGCGUGCCGGCCCAGUCACACAGGUAUGUGAAUGCAAGGCAUACUUGGUCAACAGCCAUACAGGUCACACUGAGGGUGGCCGUAUAAACAACUUUAACACUGUCACAAAUAUGCGCCACACUGUGAACCCACACCAAACAAGAAUGACAAACAUUUUGUGAGAACAUCCGAGCCGCAACACAACAGAACAAAUAUCCAGAGCUCCUUGCAGCACUACCUCUUCCGGGACGCUACAAUAUAAACCCCGCGCUACCAACAAACCCCUCCCCCCCAUUUAUUUUCAAAUGUAUUAUCCUGUGGAAAAAGUUAAUGUUGAUACUUUUACCUCAGAAGGCUGCAAAUAGAAAAGAGGCUUUCAAUUUUUUAUUUAAAUUUUAUUUAAUAUGCCAUUGAUGUUUUUUUGUUUGUUUUUUGAAAGUUGAUUUUGCACUAUUGAGUUAUAUAAGCGUUGCUUGUUCCAUAGGGAUCAAUAAAGUACUUUCUAUUCUAUCAAUAAAGUACUUUCUAUUCUAUCAAUAAAGUACUUUCUAUUCUAUUUUAUUCUAUUCUAUUCAGUGUUAGAGCAAAUCAGUGUAGCAAACUGAGCAAUAAUUAUUUAUAUUUUAUUAUUAUUAUUAUUUGAAACUCGAUUUUGCAUGUCACUAUAAAGUUAUGUAAGCCUUGCUUGUUCAAUAUUCAAUGCAAAACUUGUUUGGGUCCCUAUUAAAAGGUUAAUUUUUUCGACCUUGGCCCGCGGCUUUGUUCAGUUUUAAAUUUUGGCCCACUCUGUAUUUGAGUUUGACACCCCUGGUUUAUAUGUUUCUUUUACUUUUUAUUCAUAGCUGUAUGUAGAAGUGUCUGCUUGUAUCUGCUGCUUUAAUGUCUUUAAUGUCCUUUGUCUUCUUUGAUGUUUCCCUCUUACACACAUGUAAAAGGGAUGUGUACUAUGGCUAUGAGUUGUUCUUUUCUUUUCCCUUGGCCUCAGUCUAGACCCCCUCCAGGGGCCCAGGCUUAGACCGAUUUUUAAAAUUGUAUUUGUUUACCUGUAUCUCAUCUUUUUUGUAAGGGGCAGACCCGUCAGCGAUCCUGUUCUGUCUCCCUGUAAUGUUUGUCUGGUUUUGAAUGGGAUUGUGCUGAAAAUUUAAAUUUGCCUCGGGGGAUUAAUAAAGUAUGUCUGAUUCUAAAUCAAUCAAUCAAUCAAUGUUUACUUACAUAGCCCUAAAUCACUAGUGUCUCAAAGGGCUGCACAAACCACUACGACAUCCUCGGUAGGCCCACAUAAGGGCAAGGAAAAACUCACACCCAGUGGGACGUCGGUGACAAUGAUGACUACGAGAACCUUGGAGAGGAGGAAAGCAAUCUGAAGACAAAGAACUUAAUAAAACAAUCGCUUACUGUACAAUGUCUGCUCUCACUGGGAUGUUUAUAUCUUUCAGCCAAAUAAUUGUGUUCCCGUUUAGAUAAAUUCAUCAUAAUCCUCAGUUUAAAAAAUUUCAUGGGGGGGGGGGGCGUGUCAUAGUAAUCAUUGUCACUGUCACCGACGUCCCACUGGGGUGAGUUUUUCCUUGCCUUUAUGUGGGCUCUACCGAGGAUGUCAUUGUGGUUUGUGCGGCCCUUUGAGACACUAGUGAUUUAGGGCUAUAUAAAUAAACAUUGAUUGAGGAUGGAUGGAUUGAUUGAUUGAUUGAUACAUUCUGUCAACAUUUCUGUUCAACUUCAGCAUUGGAGCAUUCCCACAAGAUCGUGGGGCGGUUUAGCUCGGUUGGUAGAGCGGCCGUGCCAGCAACUUGAGGGUUGCAGGUUCGAUUCCCGCUUCCGCCAUCCUACUCACUGCCGUUGUGUCCUUGGGCAAUGCACUUGACCCACCUGCUCCCAGUGCCACCCACACUGGUUUGAAUGUAACUUAGAUAUUGGGUUUCUCUAUGCAAAGCGCUUUGAGUCACUAGAGAAAAAGCGCUAUAUAAAUAUAAUUCACUUCACUUCAUUCCUUUAGGAAUUGCCUCAUCUAGUUUUACAUGAAUUUAUUCCUGGAGGUAACGAUAAAAUUCAGUGCAUGCUUUGAAAAAAAAAUGAAUUUGGUGCCCACCCUUAGUGAUACAGAGUACUUAUUUCAUAAGAACCGCACUUAACCUCGACCCAAACUCUAAUGAGCACAACUUGUCAACUCAAACGAUGGAGCGUGUUGGAAGUUUGUUUUAAUGUAACAAAAUGGCACUGAACAUGGAAUAUGAGGGCAAUUAACAUUUUUGAGGAAUACAAUAUAUCAUAAUCAAGCUGGAGGAGUUGAAACGAGGACACGACGACAGCAAAGAAAAACCGCACCCUGCCAGUCAGCAAGUGACCCCGUCAUGACGGAUGUGUUUUUAACCAGACUAUAAACGUACAAAGAGAGGAAUGAAGCCUUCCGCUGUUUAUUCAUGAAUGGACUACGAUGAGGGACGCAAACAGAAAGUGAAAACUGCAGCACGGCAAGCGGGUGACUCAACGGGAACGCUACUUUUUGUCCUUUUCCAGCG